UUGCUGUCCCUGUCCCUGCAGGUCACAGAGGAGAGGGGCUCUAUCUUCCUGAAGCAACGAGCACUGGCUGCUGUUACAGACACACUUUCCAGUGCAGAGAAGCCACGAGCUCACCUGACAGUGAAGAGGCAGGACCUGGCCAGCGCCGUGGGGAGCCACAUGCCCAUCCUGCAGUGGGAGGACAAGCGAGGCCUGGCCUUCACCAAGAACAACCUGAGCUACUCCAGCAACGCCCUGGUGAUCCCCGUGUCCGGAGAUUACUACGUCUACGCCCAGGUCACCUUCCGAGGGCCCGUGGAGAGCAGCCACAAGGCCAGCUCUGUCACUGAGAUCAUCACCAAGGUCACUGACAGCUACCCCGAGCCCACCCAGCUGCUGACGGGCACCAAGACCCUCAGUGAGAACGGCAAUGGUUGGUUCCAGCCCAUCUACCUGGGCGCUGUGGUCUCCUUGGAGGUGGGAGACAAGCUGAUGGUCAACGUGAGUGACAUCAAGCUGGUGGAUUACACCAAGGAGCACAAAACUUUCUUUGGGGCCUUUCUGCUGUAGGGCUCCGGCCUGCAGCAGGUGGUGGGGGAUCCCUCCAGGGUCAUCGGGGGGAUUUUGAAGGGUUUUGGCUUUGUGGGAGCAUGUUGGGGUGAGAUCUCUGUUGUUUGCCUUCUUCUUUUUCUUCUUCCUCUUCUUCUUCUUCC